GAAAAGAACCAACUGAUGACUACAAAUGUCUGGCUGUGGCAGGAGUGGGUUGAUGUGAAGCUGAAGUGGAACCCAGAUGACUAUGGGGGUAUUACCUCCAUCAGAGUGCCUUCAGAGACUAUAUGGCUCCCUGACAUCGUCCUGUAUGAAAAUGCGGAUGGUCGCUUUGAGGGUUCCCUGAUGACCAAAGCCAUUGUGCGUUGGGAUGGUACCAUAACAUGGACUCCACCUGCAAGCUACAAGUCCGCCUGCACCAUGGACGUCACCUUCUUCCCCUUUGACCGACAGAACUGCUCCAUGAAGUUCGGCUCCUGGACUUACGAUGGGAACAUGGUGGACCUGGUCCUAGUGGAUCACUACGUGGACCGUAAAGACUUCUUUGAUAACGGGGAGUGGGAGAUCCUGAAUGCAACAGGACAAAGGGGAAGCAGGAGGGAUGAGAUGUACUGGUACCCGUUUCUCACCUACUCCUUCAUCCUCAAGAGAUUGCCUUUGUUCUACACCCUCUUCCUCAUUAUCCCGUGCCUCGGCCUCUCCUUUCUAACUGUGCUGGUGUUUUAUUUGCCAUCCGACGAAGGAGAGAAACUGUCACUUUCCACGUCUGUGCUAGUGUCGCUCACUGUGUUCCUCCUUGUCAUAGAAGAAAUCAUCCCUUCAUCUUCAAAAGUUAUACCACUGAUUGGAGAGUACUUGCUCUUCAUCAUGAUCUUCGUCACUUUCUCCAUCAUCGUCACCGUCUUUGUCAUUAACGUCCACCACCGUUCUUCUGCCUCUUACCACCCAAUGGCCCCCUGGGUAAAGAGCCUCUUCCUCCAGAGACUGCCCAGACUGCUGUGUAUGAGGGGGCACACUGACAGAUACCACUUUCCAGAUAUGGAGAUGCGCAGCCCAGAGCUGAAGACCCGCAAAGGUGCGGGGAGACGGGGAGCUCCAGGCCACAGUGGAGGUCAGCAGAGAGGCCCUCUCGCAGGGAAGGAGGACGAUAACCAAGCCUGGCUGGCCAUGCUGGAGAAAGCAACAAAUUCAGUUCGCUACAUCAGCCGUCACAUCAAAAAGGAGCAUUUCAUACGAGAGGUUGUUCAAGACUGGAAGUUCGUGGCUCAGGUGUUAGACAGGAUUUUCCUGUGGGCUUUCCUCACAGUGUCAAUACUGGGAACUGUCCUUAUCUUCACCCCUGCUCUGCAGAUGUACUUCAGCACACCUUGA